UCUGCGCCGAGCAAAGAUGGCGCUGGCCUGGCGGGGAUGCUUGGCGCUCGGGCGGCGGCGGCCGAGCCCGGCCGGGUACUCGACGCAGGGAGGCGCAGCGCAGCCGCAGCGAAGAGGCGCCCCGAAGCAGAGCCUGGCCGAACUCCGAGCCCAGAAGGAGACGAUCUACGGCAGUACUAAAAGGACUGAGAAGAUGGAGCCUGACCAGGAUUGGACAAGUGUCUAUCCAACUGCAGCUUCUUUUAAACCUUCUGCGGUGCCCCUCCCUCUUCGGAUGGGCUACCCAGUCAAAGGAGGUGUGGCUCCUGGGAAAGAAGGCAACUUGGAACUUUUGAAGAUUCCCAAUUUCUUGCAUCUGACACCAGCAGCCAUCAAGAAACACUGUGCUGCUCUGAAAGACUUCUGCACAGAGUGGCCGUCAGCCUUGAAUAGCGAUGAGAAGUGUUUGCAGCACUUCCCAAUUGAAACCAGCACGACAGACUAUGUUUCAGUGGGGCCAUCUCUUCGCAAUCCCAAAGCAAGAGUGGUGACUCUGAAAGUUAAACUGUUGAGUCUAAACUUGGAUGACCAUGCAAGGAAGAAGUUCAUUAAACUUGUAGGAGAGAGGUACUGUGUGAAGACAGGUACCGUUACUAUCACAACAGACAGAUGUCCCUUAAGGAAGCAAAACUAUGAUUAUGCAAUGUACCUUCUAACUGUUGUAUUCCAUGAAUCGUGGAAAACAGAACCGUGGGAAAAAGACAUUACGGAAGCAGAUAUGGACGAGUACGUCUGGGAGAACAGUGUUUCGGAGCAGAAUGCUUUAAGGACAUUGCACCGGAUAAGAGCAGCUGAAAAAGCUGAAGAAAUUAGCAGAGAGGCGCUUCUUGCCUUAGAGGUGAUUCAGGACUACAAAAAGUCCAUGGUUCUCUUGAAAAAUGAAGGAGAAUCAGAGAAGAAUCUUUUGGAGUAUAAAAAUUCAGUUAAGAGACUGUUAAACCUGCAUGGCUCGUAAUGUAAGCAAUUAUUUUGUGGAAUGCUAUGUAUGUACUGAUGGAGAUAUUCCUAAUAAAUUUUUUGUAACAUCCA